GUGGAAUAUAUGUUAGUAAAAUUUGACCAUGAGAAUAAGAAAGUACGCUUGGUGCUCUGCGGUGAAGAAGUGCUUCAAACACUGCAAGACAAGGGGGAGAAGGUAAACCCCAACCACCCAACACUCUGGCGACCAGAAUAUGGAAGCUAUAUGAUUGAGGGGACUCCUGGGCAGCCGUAUGGGGGAACCAUGUCUGAAUUCAACACUGUGCAAGACAACAUGAGGAAAAGACGACAAGAGGCCGCUUCGGUGCUCAAAGAAAAUGAGGCUGUUUGCACGGUGACGUCAUUUCCAAGGUUAGGGUGUCCUGGGUUUACGCUGCCGGAAUAUAAGCCAACGCCAGUAGAAGGAGGAGCUUCAAAAUCUCUCUUUUUUCCAGACGAAGCCAUCAAUAAACAUCCUAGAUUUAGUACACUGACCAGAAACAUUCGGCACCGAAGAGGAGAGAAGGUUGUGAUAAAUGUACCAAUAUUUAAAGAUAAGAACACGCCAUCACCAUUUAUCGAAACAUUUCCUAAUGAUGAUGGAGAAGCAGCAAAGGCGGCUAAGCCAGACUAUAUAUACAUGGAUGCUAUGGGUUUUGGAAUGGGAAACUGUUGUCUUCAG